UCCCCUCUAGAGCGUGUUUCACAGACUCUCCGCUCACAACAGUCUGAAUGUGGUUCCGCGGUUGGCGUCAGCUCCAACUCCAGCUCUGUCCGAAUCGCAGCGUUUCUCUUUCACUGCUCACAGCAAGAUAACAUAUUUGGGGAUCUCUAUUGCCAACUACUACAUUGCUCAUCAACGCUGAAAGUUACAGCUUUUUUUUCCCGAUACCAUUGACUAUUUUGGGGGAUAAUUAUUUUGCGUUUUUUGUUGUUGUUGUCGAUCUGUGAAGUUAGUUUCAGUUUUUGGUUUUCUCCGCGAUUGGGAUAUUAAGACCAGAAGACUAAUCUAACAACCAAGUCGUUCAUCAUGGGACAGAAGUCAGUCAGUACGUGGGGAGAGACAGAGACAUGCUGGUAGUCUAGGCCCGUGGUGGAGUCAAGAACACAACAAAAGCUAAAUCUCCUUUUAGUCUAUUCUGGCAACGUUAGUCUUCUAGUUAUAUAAUAGUGAAACGCCAUGGCCUCCAGCUUGACCUGUGCUGGUGUAAUCUGGACCCUCCUCUCCCUGCUCUGUGCCGCUGCCUCCUGCGUCGGCUUCUUCAUGCCUUACUGGCUACUCGGUUCCCAGAUGGACAAGCCGGUCUCGUUCGGCACCUUCCGGCGGUGCUCGUACCCGGUGCGCGACGAGGAGAGCCAGGCCACAGUGAUACUGGAGCAGUGUGGGCGUUACGCCUCCUUCCAGGGGAUACCUAGUCUGGAGUGGAGGAUCUGUACGGUGGUGACGGGCGUGGGCUGUGGUCUGCUGCUCCUGGUGGCCCUCACAGCCCUCAUGGGAUGUUGCAUCUCUGACCUCAUCUCUAGGACCAUCGGACGUGUUGCCGGGGGGAUACAGUUCGUUGGAG